UUCAAGCACCAAGAAAAUGGAAAGAGCCUCAUACCAAAGAUUUCCCACUGUCAAAAUCAGAGACCUUAAAAAUGACUAUGCAAAAUUCGAGCUUCGAGACACUGAUGCAAGCAUUGCCAAUGCUCUGCGGAGAGUAAUGAUCUCAGAAGUGCCCACCAUUGCCAUUGACUUAGUUGAAAUAGAGGCUAACACAAGUGUGCUCAAUGAUGAGUUCAUCGCUCACCGACUUGGCCUUAUUCCUCUGACAAGUGAUCGCGCUAUGAGCAUGCGCUUGUCGCGUGAUUGUGAUGCGUGUGAUGGUGAUGGGGAGUGUGAAUUUUGCUCUGUGGAGCUGCAUUUGAGUGUUAAGUGUGUUGGUGAGCAGCAUUUGGAGGUCACGAGUGAUGAUCUUAUUCCUUCGGAUCAUAAUGUUGUCCCUGUUGGCUACUCUGGUCCCGGAGAUUCUGAGCCGAAAAGGGGAAUAGUAAUUGUGAAGCUAAAUCGAGGACAAGAACUGAAGUUGAGGGCCAUUGCCCGAAAAGGGAUUGGGAAGGAUCACGCAAAGUGGUCGCCUGCUGCAACCGUUACUUUCAUGUAUGAACCCGCCAUCUAUAUCAAUGAAAAUAUGAUGGAUAGCCUAACACUCGAAGAGAAACAAGGUUUCGUUGAUAGCAGUCCAACCAAAGUCUUUGAAAUUGAUGAUAAAACCCAACAGGUGAAAAUUGUUGAUCCAGAGGCGUACGCUUAUGAUGACGAGGUGAUCAAAAAAGCAGAAGCAAUGGGGAAGCCUGGACUGGUGGAAAUCUAUGCAAAGGAAGACAGCUUUAUCUUCACUGUUGAAACCACUGGUGCACUCAAAGCUUCGCAGUUGGUUCUGAAUGCUAUUGAUGUCUUGAAACAAAAGCUUGAUUCAGUUCGCGUAUCAGAUGACACUGCAGAAGCUGAUGAACAGUUUGGGGAUUUGGGUGCACAUAUGCGCGGAGAGGAUGUUCCUACUUGGUGACGGAAUUCUCACAUUUAUCUAUCGUAGGCAAUUCUGAGAUAUUUUAUGGAUUUCUGAUUCUGCUCUUCGUUAUUUUAGCCUUUUCUUGAUUCUGAACUUCUUAAGUUUUUGGUAUGCUGUGACUAUCUUGUUUUAUGAGUUAACCAAUACAUUUACCUUGGCAAACUAUUUUUCUUUUAUUUAAACUUUUAUUUAAAGUUUUUUAUCUAUGUCGCCACUCGCCAUCUUGAUUAACGGUUUGUAAUAAAUGUUAAGAUCUUCACGAAAAUAAUUCAUCUUCGUACAUUUACUGCUCUUUAUAUCUUAUGUCCAGCCGAAAGAAAAUAAGUGUACAUCUUACCUUCCUCGGACUCUACAUCUGAGUUUGAUUCGGUUUAACAGCUCA